AUGAAUACAAUUAUAUGGCUAUUUCUAUUUCAACUUGUUUCCAUCUUUGCAAAUGAUCUAAUCAAGAAUUCCAUAUCGAAUGGGUUAAUCAAAUCUGAGGACGCCACGAGCGACUCGAAAUUACGGCAAGGUCGAAAUCGUGCUAGUGUACCUCAGUCAUUGACAUUGCUAAUGAAUUUCAAAAAUGAUGGCACAACAUCGUUUCAAAUUAUGCAAGGUAAUCAUGAUUAUAAUAAUGACAGAAAAAAAGGAUCCGAUUCUUAUGUCAAUAUUUACUCUCGACUUAUCAUAGGAUCACAAGUUGUUUAUGUGGAUGGUGGACUUUGUAAGUACGGUCAAUUAUUUGAUCCAGCCACAGGACGUUGCCGGGAUAUUUACUGUCAAGAACUAAAUCAUAAAUUCAAUGGAACCAUGUGCAUACCUGAUGAAAGUAAAAAUGCAACAAAUGCAUAUAAACGUAUGAGUGAUAUUGAUCUGUCGACGAUUAUUGUGAUUUCUCGUACUAAUCGUGUUGCAAGUGGAAAUGCGAAUUUUUCCGUUUAUCUCAAUAGUCGAAUGAAUGAAUCAUGCACAGCCGAUUGGGCAAAAAUGUUCCAUGAAACACUGAAAAGUAAGUCCAAAUAUAAUGGAAGUAUACGGCAAAACAAUCGAAUUCGAUCACAUUUCAUUUCAACAGGCUAUCUUGGCAUUGAUCGCGACCGUAUUAUUAAGAUUCGAUUCAGUAUUGAAGAUGAGAAACCACCGAUUGGUAAAGCUCCAAAAAAGAAUAAUAGCACAUCUGUCAUUCCUCAUGGCACGUCGACAAAUGAUUACAUCAAUCAACAGCUCGUUAAGAAUGACUCUGUAACUUUAAACUUUCAUUUUUCCAUCGCCGAUCGAAAUGAAGAAUCUAAAGAUACGUUAACAGGUCUACAUGUCGUUACAUUACUUCUACUGGCAUCUGAGCGUCAUGCUUCGAUUGAUCUUUGUCAAAAUUAUGCAUUGGUUGUUCAAACAUUAUCCAUUGUAUCUGAUAAAAAUAAAACUCGUCAAGAAUUCUGUGACGAUCCAGACGUGAUGUACGUAGCAAAGAACGGCGAAAUACGUCGACGAAUACGACCAUCGGGAGAAGUUGAUUACGUAGUCGAUGUGCCUGAACUUGAAGCAACAUAUGAAGGCGGCGACUUUACUUAUUUAUAUAUGGUUUCAACGCUAACACAACAGACGUCUGAUGUGGCUUUGAAAAAUUCGCCAACCAAUUCAACGUCAAGAAAAAUGGUUUCUGUCUGCAUCCGUCAACCUCGGAUAGUUGAACGCUGUCCAGAUAGUCUCGUUAUGCGCAUUGCUCUAUGCGAAGUGACUCAAUACAAAAACCAUUCAAUUCGCAUUAAACGCACUGGUCGACUGUAUACCAAUCGUGAAUAUCGUUACGAUGACUUCCGGUCUGAUUUAUAUGUUGUGGUUUGUAAACAUGAUACACACAAUGGUACAACCAAUGGGAAAAAACCAGGCUUUUUCGAAAAAGCACCAGGAUUUUUAUCGACUAUUGCAAUUAUUUUAUCAAUAUUUGCCUUAGCGAUUACUUUAAUCACAUUCAUAGUAUUUUCUUCCCUACGAAAUUUACCUGGUUGUAAUACAAUCAAUCUAAUUGUUGCAUUAAUGCUGGCAGAAAUCCUUUUCCUAUUGCAAAGUUUGUUCAUUAUGACAAGACCAAGUGUAUGUUUGCUAUUCGCAUUAGGAAUACAUUUUUUCUUCUUGGCAAGUUUUUUCUGGAUGAAUGUCAUGGCUUUUGAUCUUUGGAAAACAUUUCAUAAAGGUUUUUCCAUUUAUGUUUGUGAGAUUCGCGAACGUCUACCAUAUUAUGCUCUAUACGCAUGGGGCAUGCCCGUUCUUAUUGUACUCAUUGGCAUUGUCCUUGACGCUAAGAAUGCAUCACUGAAACCAUGUUAUGGACGAUACUUUCGUGGAUGUUACGACGUUUGUUUUCACACGAAUAAUGAUGCACCACUACAAGGUUGUUGGAUUGAAUCAGCUUUGAUGCGUUUCUUACUAUUCGGCGUUCCUGUUGCUAUAAUUCUCGUUGUUAAUUUCAUAUUUUAUGCUUUGACAGUUCGCAGUAUUCGUCGAGGUUUGAAAUCUGUUCGAGUACAAGUUGAACGAAAGUUUCAACGUAAGAAACAAGUGGUACCUGGUGAACAUGAUGUCAAAAUCUAUAUGCGCAUGGCUGUCCUAGCUGGGUUUGGUUGGACGAUUGGUUUUAUCUUGUUCGCUUUGCCUGACACUCAAAAAGGCUUUCAACAUUACCUUGUGACCAUCUUCAAAUACUUAUUUAUUCUUCUUAACGCAACACCCGGUUUGUUUAUAUUUGUUGUUUAUGUCUGCAAUCGUCGUGUUUUUGGGUUAUAUCGCAAGUUAUUCAUUCUAAUGUAUGAAUUUACUCACUUGCAUUAUCAAGCAAUCAAAGAAUGGUUUUCGAACCAUUGUCAAUUGUAUUUUUAUCAAACAAAAUAUCAAUUUAGUCGAGUUUUUCGUAAACAAAACCAGCAAAAUAUUACAUCGAAUGUAACUACGAUACAGUCACUGUCGGAAAGACAACGAAUUUAA